CGCGGGGCCGGCCGGAUGGCGGGCGGCGCGGGCUGGGCGGGCGCCCCCGCGGCUCUGCUGCGCUCCGUGCGCCGCCUGCGCGAGGUGUUCGAGGUGUGCGGCCGCGACCCCGACGGCUUCCUGCGCGUGGAGCGCGUCGCGGCGCUGGGGCUGCGCUUCGGCCAGGGCGAGGAGGUGGAAAAACUUGUCAAGUAUUUGGAUCCCAACGACCUCGGGAGAAUCAACUUCAAGGACUUUUGCCGAGGGGUGUUCGCCAUGAAAGGGUGCGAGGAGCUGCUGAAAGAUGUGCUGUCCGUGGAGAGCGCAGGGACGCUGCCCUGCACGCCCGAGAUCCCAGACUGUGCAGAGCAGGGCAGCGAGGUGCCAGGCCCUACCUUUGCUGAUGGCGAGCUCCUCCCCAGGGACCCCAGCUUCUUUCCCGAGGACGAGGAGGAGGCUAUGACGCUGGCCCCACCCGAGGGCCCCCCGGAGUCAGACAUGGACAGCCCCAUGGAGAGCAUGCAGAGCCUGGAGGGGUCGGUUGGGAGUCCUGCCGAGGAGAAGGACGGAGGUCUCGGGGGCCUGUUCCUGCCGGAGGACAAGUCCCUGGGCCACGCCCCAUCCGUGACCACGUCGGACCUCUCCACACACUCCACCACCUCGCUUAUCAGCAACGAGGAGCAGUUUGAAGACUAUGGCGAGGGGGACGACGUGGACUGUGCCCCCAGCAGCCCCUGCCCCGAUGACGAGACCAGGACCAACGUUUACUCGGACCUGGGAUCUUCAGUGUCUUCCAGUGCGGGGCAGACACCCAGGAAAAUGCGGCACGCCUACAACAGCGAAUUGCUGGAUGUUUACUGCUCUCAGUGCUGUAAGAAGAUCAACCUGCUGAAUGACCUGGAAGCCCGACUGAAAAACCUGAAGGCCAACAGCCCUAACCGGAAGAUCUCUAGCACGGCCUUUGGACGGCAGCUCAUGCACAGCAGCAACUUUAGUAGCAGUGACGGUAGCACUGAGGACCUGUUCCGAGACAGCAUUGACUCCUGUGACAACGACAUCACGGAGAAGGUGAGCUUCCUGGAAAAAAAAGUGACAGAACUGGAGAAUGACAGCCUGACCAAUGGGGACCUGAAGAGCAAGCUGAAGCAGGAGAACACACAGCUCGUGCACAGGGUGCACGAGCUGGAGGAGAUGGUGAAAGAUCAGGAGACCAUGGCCGAGCAGGCCCUGGAGGAGGAGGCGCGGCGGCACCGCGAGGCCUACGGCAAGCUGGAGAGAGAGAAGAGCACGGAGAUCGAGCUGCUCAACACCAGGGUGCAGCAGUUAGAGGAGGAAAACACCGAGCUCAGAACAACAGUGACCCGGCUCAAGUCACAAACAGAGAAGCUGGAUGAGGAGCGGCAGCGCAUGUGUGACCGGCUGGAGGACACCAGCCUGCGGCUCAAAGAUGAGACGGACCUGUACAAGCGCGUGACGGACAAGCUGCGGCAGAACCGCCUUGAGUUCCAAAAGGAACGGGAGGCGACGCAGGAGCUCAUCGAGGACUUGCGGAAGGAGCUAGAGCACCUGCAGAUGUACAAGCUGGACUGCGAGCGGCCAGGCCGGGGGCGCAGCUCGUCCUCUGGCCUGGGCGAGUUCAACGCCAGGGCCCGCGAGGUGGAGCUGGAGCAUGAGGUCAAGCGGCUCAAGCAGGAGAAUCAUAAGCUGCGGGACCAGAAUGACGACUUGAAUGGACAGAUCUUGAGCCUCAGCCUCUAUGAAGCAAAGAACCUCUUUGCCACCCAGACCAAAGCCCAGUCUCUGGCCGCAGAAAUAGACACGGCCUCUCGCGAUGAGCUCAUGGAAGCCCUGAAGGAGCAGGAGGAGAUCAACUUCCGGCUGAGGCAGUACAUGGACAAGAUUAUCCUUGCCAUCCUGGACCACAACCCCUCCAUCCUUGAGAUCAAACACUGAGACGAGGGCUGGCUGCAGAGCGGCCUCGGGACCCUCCCAGCCCUGGACCCUGGGACCAAGGCGCAGACCCCACUUGAGGAUGCGGCCCAAGCCAGGCCACACACACACAUACACACACACACACACACACACACACACACACACACACUGUAAACAUCUCUGGCCACCAUGUCCUGUGUACUGAUGCGUAUGUGGGGAAGCCGCUCACACAGCAAGGGGUGAGCGUGGGGCUGUGAGGGUCAUCUGCACAGUUACUGCCCGUGCACUUUGCAGUCCCCUUGCGAGAGCGGAUGGUCCUGGAGGGUGGGAGGGGCAAGGUCUGCUAUCAGGAGUUACUGUAAUAACAAGAACUGGAAGACUGUGUUUCAGGUACUGGAUGAAAAUGAUUCUACCUCUGGGGAUAAGGAUUUAAAGAUGCUCUAGUGAGACAGGCUCUUUUCACCCCACCUCUGUUCCCUCUGGGAGUGGGAGCAAAAUUAUGGUCUUUCCCAGGGGUUCGAAUGCCUAACGGCCACAUCCUCCCCAGCCUCUUUGGCCACCUUUCAAGCCUAGGUGCUCAGGCUCAGAGAGGAGGAAGGGGCCCUCCCAGAGCCCCUCCCUGGCCAGCAGCCCCUGUGAUGCCUGUGCAUGGGGUGUCCCGAGGACUCAGACUUGCAGGAGAGCUGGCAUGGGGCAGCCUUCGUUUGAGAAGCUCUUGGUAUUUGGGAGGUUUCCUGUACAUUUCCCCAUCCCUGCCUGCCUGCCUGCCUCUUCCUUUCUGGCUUGGUUGUUUUUUGGUUUUUAUUUUAGAGAGAGAGUGCGAGUCGGGGAGAGGCGCAGGGUCGAGGGUGGGGUGAGGGCAGAGAAAGAGAGAGAGAGAGAGAGAAUGAAUCAAGGCUCCACACUCAGCAUGGAGCCCGACGCCAGGCUCAAUCCCACAACCCAGGGAUCGUGACCUGAGCUGAAAUCAAGAGUUGGACGCUCAACUGACUGAGCCACCCAGGCGCCCCUCUUUCUGUUUUAUUGUUAAGACCAUGAAAAAUGAGCGGUAUUUAACUUGAGUGUAAAAUGAAGGGAAUAAAAGGGGGUGGGGAGUGGGGGCCAGGGGUGUCUAAGGCACGAGUUGGCAUUGGGUGACAAAGCCCUUAGUUCCAGGGAGGAGCGUGGUCCCAUCCCAGUCUGUUCCCUCCCCGUGGGCUGCAUUUCACGAGAAGCAUGGAUGGACGGUCCGCAGGCGGGGAGUGGGCCUUGCUUACCUGCUCCUGUUCUCCACACAACCCGGUGAUGGCAGGCCUCGGGUUUGGAGUUUGGGAUUCUGAGCUCUGGGCUUGACUCAGCUGGGUAGCGAGGCCCCCGCGUCCCGCCUUUUGGAAACUCUCCUAUUCAGUCCUCAGCCAGGAGAGGUGUGCUGGUGAGCGACACGGGUGGGGAGAUCGCAGGGAAGCCUUCGGCCUCCGUCCUUGUGACACAUGGUGGAAAUUCUCUCUCUGGAUUUUUUUUUUUCCUUCUCUCUCUCUGGAUUUUUAACGUGAUCUUUUGUUGUAGGCGGCUGGUACUUUGAGUUUUCCAGUUUGUCGCAGUUUUAUAUGGCUUGUGAUUCGUUUCGUUAAUCCACACAUAUAUAAACAUGUAUGCUCUUGGU